UAGCGAACGCCGAACUCUGAAGUGAGCGGCCAAUUAAUUUUCUUAUGUUGGCAUAUCGUUACAAUGCUUUUUCCAUUUUAAUGAAAUAAAUGUCUGUUUUAGUGUGUUUUAUAUGUAAUCGUAUUAUAUUUUAUUAAAAUGGAUUGGCAAUUAACUUGUAGAGUUUGUCUAGAAACUGGUGACAUGGUUUCCCUUUUUGAUUGGGAUGAAAAUAAUGAACAACUGGGCGACAAAUACACCUACUGUUGCGGUAUCGAGGUGAAAAAAAAUGAUUCUUUACCAACGCUCAUAUGUCUAAAUUGUGUAGAUCGGCUUACUUUUGCGUAUCAAUUCAAACAACAAUGUCUCGCUUCAAACGACACUUUAAAAGAAUGCUUAGAAGAGUUUGUAAAGAGUUCCGAAGCAGUUUCUGCAGCCAACACUUCAAAAGUCACAGAGACAGAGACAAUAACUAUAAAGCAAGAGAAUGGAUUGCUUUUGCAGUAUGAACUCCCAGUGGAACAUGACCCUCAGGUGCAGUGGACAAGAACUCUUACUAAAACUCCCAGCAGUGCUGUGGUGACAAAAGCACCUGGUCCAAAAAAGAGGGGUCGCCCUAGGAAAUACCCCAAUGAACAGGGACAAAUUGAUGUAUCCCCAUACCAACGAAAAAAACCAAUGCCAUCACUUAAGGAGCCUGACUCUUUGGCAACAUUACUGGCAUCUGGCUCCCUGGAUAUGAAAGAGGAACCUCUUGAUGAUGAUGAUGAUGAACCUUUUGGGGCUGAUGGUUUCGAUGUAGAUGACAAUGAUCCUGAAUAUGAUCCAGCAGAGACUGCAGAGACUGCAGACUCGGAUAAGGAAAUUCCAACAGAGUCCCAUCCGCGUAAGAAACGUGGCCGACCACGGAAACCACACUUAGAGAAGAAAUCUAAGAAGAAUGAGGAGGAUGGCGAGGAUGUAUUGCUAAAGGAGACCAUAAUGGCUUACUCAGAACCAAUUCCUGAUCAUAUACUUAAUCCGAAACCAAAGAAGAAGUAUAGUGGUUCCAAGAAAAAAUAUCACUAUGAAAAGACGCAUGUGUGCGAGACCUGUGGUUCCUCAUUCACGUCAAAUGCAUCAUUGCAGGCGCAUAUACGGCGGCAUUUAGGCAUCAAGCCAUUUGUAUGCAGCGCUUGCCCAUUCGCAACAACGAAUCGUUUGGGUCUCAAGAGGCAUAUGAUAAGACACUCAGGACAGAAGCCGCUCAAGUGUCGUCACUGCGAUAGGCGGUUCGUCGAGCAUGGAGACAGACAGAAACAUGAAAGGUUACACAUGGGUCUGCGGCCGUACCAGUGCAGCGUCUGUGGCAAGUCGUUCACCUAUUCAUACGUACUGGCGAACCACAUGCUCACGCACACGGGCGAGAAGAAAUACUCCUGCGGUCCAUGCAACAAGAAGUUCACAAAGGCCCACCAUCUUAAAUAUCAUAACAAAGUCCACCAUAAAGAACUCUACCUUCAGCAGCAGCUGGAGGCUGAAGCCAAGAAAUUACGCCAGCAGAUGAACGUCACCGGCCUCUCCGGGGUCCAGAUCGUUGAUGGCACGUUGCAGAUUUUAUCAAAUACGGCUGAAGAAGGUGACCAAGAAACACAGAUGCAAGUAGUUGAAGAGCAAGAAGAAAUUGAGGACUCUGAAGAGAAGGAAACAGAUCGAGCAGUCGCUGGCAUGCAAGCGGUAGUAUUAGAUGCUGAAUUUUGUGUUGAAGAAGAAGAGGACCCUAAAAUAGAGUAAUUAAUUAAAAUGAGACUGGCAUAUAGUAUGAGCUUGUUUUUAACUCGAUCUGUUGAAAGUACUUAGUGAUUAUGUAUAUAAGAAUACAUUUGAUGUAUUAAUGUUUAUAUAAUAAUUUGUAGGUUAUUGUGGCAAAUAAAAUUGCAAACGUUUAAUGUUACUAGUUAUUAUUAUUAAGGAAGACAGAUGAUACAUCCCGAUGGAUGCACCAUUGUUAUAAUAACGUAAACAGUUGAUAUCUGAUUUAAUGAUAACAGACGGGUGGCAAAUAAAACAUGUUCAAUAUAAUUCUAAAUUAAUAAAUAUACUCUUACAAUCUGAAAAAUGUAAUUUAAAAGAAUAUUUAAAUAAAAUAUAUAUGUAUUGUAGUAAAUUACGCAGAUUUAUAUUUUAACGGCUAUUACAAACCAAUAAUUUUCUCUCCACAAUAUUAUUCGUACAUUUAAAUAAAACUAUUAUAUGUUGUAGAGAAUUUUUGUACACUAUGGUUAAAACUUUCUAAUUAAUAUCCAUUUAAUGAAAAGAAAAAAAAACUAUUUACUUUUUUACGUAUACAAAAUGGCGAUAAUUUCGCUAAGUUUUACAGGAACUUCUCUAAUUAAAACGGCUAAACAUGAUUCUAAAAUCAUGGGCAAAAUUUGUGCAGUAAUGCAAAGCGCCCUGGAUCGCCUCUUCGAUUGCCGAAUCCAUAUGAGUGUGUGUAUUUGGUUUUAGGAAAGUUAGAGAGCCGUUUUAAAUUCUUAUUUCUCCUUUAUGAGGAAGUAGAUAUAACGAACUUGUACAUAAGUAUGGAAAAACUUAAGAAGAAUAACUAAUUCCUAGUUCUUAGGCAAUAAUGAACCUGGCAUGGUCAACCUUGUUAAUUUAACUCUAAAAGCUGUAUUUACACUAUGAAGAUACUGACGCAAUAGUAAUUUUAUUGUAUAAAUGUGGUUUGUAGUAAAUAUGAUGAUAUUUAAUGUUAAUAACUUACUUAUAAUUACAAUAAAACUAUAAAUC